CCAAGCGAAAGCUCAAGCAAAUACAAGCUCUCAGUUAGACCACACUCAAACCAGCCACGGACAGCCUCAAAAUCCCGAGCAGGAGCUCGCUCGUAGCCCCGAGAACCCGAAAGCUCUGCAGCGAGAUGUCUCCCGAGCUGACCGGCAAGAUGGCCGCCAAGGCCGCCGCCGCCGCUGCGGCGGUGAAGCCCGCGACGAGGGCGUACGUGACGUUCCUGGCGGGCGACGGCGACUACUGGAAGGGCGUGGUGGGCCUGGCCAAGGGCCUGCGCAAGGUCGGCUCGGCCUAUCCCCUGGUGGUGGCCCUUCUGCCCGACGUGCCGGAGUCCCACCGCCGCAUCCUCGUCUCGCAGGGCUGCAUCCUCCGCGAGAUCGAGCCCGUGUACCCGCCUGAGAACCAGACGCAGUUCGCCAUGGCGUACUACGUCAUCAACUACUCCAAGCUCCGCAUCUGGGAGUUCGUGGAGUACGAGAGGAUGGUGUACCUGGACGCGGACAUCCAGGUGUUCGAGAACAUCGACGAGCUGUUCGAGCUCGAGAAGGGGUACUUCUACGCGGUGAUGGACUGCUUCUGCGAGAAGACGUGGAGCCACACCCCGCAGUACAGGAUCGGCUACUGCCAACAGUGCCCGGACAAGGUGGCGUGGCCGACCACCGAGCUGGGCCCUCCGCCCCCGCUCUACUUCAACGCCGGCAUGUUCGCGCACGAGCCCAGCAUGGCCACCGCCAAGGCACUCCUCGACACCCUCCGCGUCACUCCGCCCACCCCCUUCGCAGAGCAGGACUUCCUGAACAUGUUCUUCAGGGACCAGUACAGGCCGAUCCCUAACGUGUACAACCUCGUGCUCGCCAUGCUCUGGAGGCACCCCGAGAACGUCCAGCUGGAGAAGGUGAAGGUCGUGCACUACUGCGCGGCGGGGUCCAAGCCGUGGAGGUUCACGGGCAAGGAGGCCAACAUGGACAGGGAGGACAUCAAGACGCUGGUGAACAAGUGGUGGGACAUCUACAACGACGAGGCACUGGACUUCAAGGGCCUGCCCCUCUCGCCCGCCGACGCCGACGACGAGGUGGAGGCGGUGGCCAAGAAGCCGCUCCGCGCGGCGCUGGCGGAGGCCGGCACGGUCAAGUACGUCACCGCGCCCUCGGCCGCGUGACACCGUGCUUCGGCUUCCCGCCGGUGGCCGCGCUAUGGCUUUUGCGCGGUCCUCACAAGUCCGUAAAGAAGAAUCUCACUAUAAGGCCUUUGUUUUGAAUUUUGUUUAUGAAUUAGGGUGUCUAAUUUUGGAUCAGUUCCUUUCCCUUGUGUGUCUAUUUAGGGUGUGAGCUUAUAUAUAUAUAGUACCAAUUCAAGGUGCAAGCGUUCGUCAGGAAUUGGGCUUUAUGAAUACGCCCUUCGGUCACAGCUAGAGUAUUUGUCCUGUACCGAGGGAUUAUGUGUAUUUUGCUUGGUGAAUUAAUAUAUAAAAUACGAAGCCGAGAAAAUGUGGACACAUUUCUGUC